UUGAAACAACACUCGGAUGGCUUGUCGUAGGUUCUAUACACACACAAAACUCUAAACAAAAGCAACCUUAUACAGUCCACUGCAAUCUAAUAAACAACAUUGAGCUUGACGCAAAACUAGACAAGUUCUUUGAACUAGAAUCGGUUCCAUCCACUCAACAAAUCCACAAUAAAGGUGAGAGUGAAUGUGAACGCAUAUUCACACAAACAACAACACGCCACCCAGAUGGUAAGUUUGUUGUCACAAUACCCCUAAAGGAAUCCCCUGAAUGUUUGGGCGAUUCAAAAACACAAGCAUUACUCAGAUUUCAAGCACUAGAGCGUAAAUUCAAGCGCAACCCAGAAUACAAAUAAAAAUACAUUGAAUUCAUCGAAGAAUACCUAAGGUUAGGUCACAUGUCAGAAAACACUAACAUACAUACAAACGAAAUUUCAUAUUUUCUGCCUCACUUUGCAAUUUUGCGUGAGUCUAGUCUCACUUCACGCUUGCGCACUGUUUUUGACGGCUCUGCAGUUUCUAGCUCAGGAAAAUCGUUUAAUGACAUACAACUCGUUGGGCCGACUGUACAGGAUGACUUGCUGAGCAUAUUAAUUCGAUUCCGACAGCACAAGUUUGUAGUAACUUCAGAUGUCCAGAAAAUGUACAGACAAAUCUGAUGAACUGCUGUUCUCUGUAACUGACACUUUAAAACAAAAACCCAUAAACAAACGUAGUAUUUUAUCCACCAUUGCCACUAUUUUUGAUCCAUUAGGACUUAUAAACCCUUGUUUAUUGCCAGCCAAGAUAAUUCUACAGUCGUUGUGGGCUAAAAACAUUUCUUGGGAAAGCCAAUUACCCGACGAAAUAGAGAGCCAGUGGAACAAUUUUGCUAAACAAAUACCUGAAAUAGUCCAAAUUCGCAUCCCGCGGAGAAUAUUAUGUGAUUUUUACGUCAAGGUCGAAAUGCACGCUUUUAGCGAUGCUAGUAACAAAGCUUAUGCAUCAUGCAUAUAUAUACGCUCAAUUUCCAAUGCAGGAAAAGUAAAUGUUCACCUAAUACUAGCCAAAAGCAAAAUUGCUCCACUGAAACAGAAAUUAAGUACCCCACGAUUGGAAUUAUUAGGAGGCCUUUUGUCAACCCAACUAGCAAAAAAAGUGAAAAAUUCACUGCGCCUAACAAUUGACUCACAUCAUUUUUGGUCUGAUUCAACUAUAGUUUUGUGCUGGAUAAAAACAUGUAAACAUCAAUUAAAACAAUUCGUCCACAAUAGGGUCACAGAAAUAACUAACAACUCUAACCCCACUGAUUGGCACUAUGUACCCACAAACAUGAAUCCUGCCGACAUAGGCAGCCGGGGUCAGAGUGCAUCUAGCCUCAAGGAUUCAUCCUUGUGGUGGGAAGGACCGACCUUCCUCCACGAAACCGAAAUACAAUGGCCUACUCAGCCUCAAAACUUACCUUUGCACGAUUUGCCUGAAGUCAAAACACAUUGUCUUGUUUCAAUUAAAGAACAACGUGAGGAUAAUUUCACUUCUAAAUAUUCAAACUUUUGUAAACUGCAAAGAAUUAUAGCAUACAUGAAUAGAUUCGUUCAUAACUGUAGAAAUGAAACAAGUAAAAGCACUGGCCCAUUAAAAGUGUCUGAACUAAAUUUAGCUUUACAAAUGUUAUGUCACCAAGUGCAGGCUGACAAAUUCGCUGAGCAACUCUCGCGUUUGCAAAAGAAAUGCCCGCUCUCUCCUAAAGACACACUUUUGAAAUAUAACCCAUUCGUAGAUGAUUUUGGAAUUAUGCGAGUAGGCGGUAGACUUGUAAAUUCAUAUUACGAUUAUAACACAAAACACCCUAUUCUAUUACAUGCAUCACAUCACAUCACUAAAAUAUUGGUACACUACUACCAUCGAAUGUUGUUGCACACUGGACCGCAGCUGAUGCUAACAACAUUACGCCACAGGUAUUGGAUAAUUAACGGCCGUAACCUUUGCAGAAAAACCUCACAAAGCUGCAUUACAUGUUUAAGAUAUGCAGGGAAAACUCAUCAACCUAUUAUGGGAAACUUGCCGCUGCAAAGGGUACAGUCUGAAUAUGUAUUUGCUAACACAUCUUGCGACUACGCUGGGCCGAUCCUGAUAGCGAGCAAAAAGGGUCGUGGUUGUCAAUUAAAAAAAUCAUACAUAGUGGUUUUUGUCUGCUUAGCAGUGAGGGCGGUACACUUGGAGCUCGUCACUGAUUUGACCGCAAUGGGCUUUAUUGCCGCUCUAAACAGAUUCAUAGCCCGCAGAGGCAAACCAGCCACCAUUUUGUCAGAUAAUGGUACUUGCUUCGUAGGGGCUUGCAACGAAUUAGCGAAGUUCCUCAAAAAUAAUUCUGAUGAAAUAACAUCAUAUUCAGCUGCUAAGGAAAUAGAAUUUAAAUUUUGUCCUGCUUAUAGCCCGCAUUUUAAUGGUUUGGCAGAGGGAGCCGUAAAGCAGGUAAAAUAUCAUUUAAAACGAGUUACCUCAAUGGCCCACUUAGAUUAUGAAGAAAUGGUAACAUUUUUGGUUCAAUGUGAAGCUUUGCUUAAUUCUAGACCUUUGCAAUUUCAUCUGAUCCGUCAGAUCUCACUCCUCUCACCCCUGCGCAUUUUUUGA